UGUCCAAAUUACAUAGAACCGAAAAUCUAACAAGUGUUUCAGAAUUCUUCCUCCUGGGCCUCUCAGAUGAUCCAGAACUGCAGCCUUUCCUCUUUACCCUGUUCCUGUCCGUGUACCUGGUCACCUUGUUGGGGAACCUGCUCCUCAUCCUGGCUGUCACCUCUGACCCCCACCUCCACACCCCCAUGUACUUCUUCCUCUCCAACCUGUCCUUGGCUGACAUUGGUUUCAUCUCUACCGUGGUCCCCAAGAUGAUUGUGGACAUCCAAACUCACAGCAGAGUCAUCUCCUAUGUGGGCUGCCUGACACAGAUGUCUAUUUUUAUCCUUUUUGGUUGUAUGGAUAAUAUGCUUCUGACUGUGAUGGCCUAUGACAGGUUUGUGGCCAUCUGUCAUCCACUGCACUACCCACUCAUUAUGGACCCACGCCUCUGUUACUUCUUACUUUUGGUGUCAUUUUUUGUAAGCCUUUUGGGCUCCCAGCUGCACAAUUUGAUUGUGUUAAAACUUACCUGCUUCAAGGGUGUGGAAAUUUCUAAUUUCUUCUGUGAACCUUCUCAACUCCUCAAGCUUGCCUGUUCUGAUACUUUCACCAAUAACAUAGUCAUGUAUUUUGCUGGUGCCAUUUUUGGUUUUCUCCCUUUCUUAGUGAUUUUGUUCUCUUACUAUAAAAUUAUUUCCUCCAUUCUCAUUGUCACUUUAUCCAGUGGGAAGUAUAAAGCCUUCUCCACCUGUGGCUCCCACCUGGCAGUUGUUUGCUUGUUUUAUGGAACAUGUGUUGGUGUGUAUCUCAGUUCAGCUGUCUCACAAUAUCCCAGGAAGGGUGUAUGGGCCUCGGUGAUGUACACUGUGGCCACCCCCAUGCUGAACCCCUUCAUCUACAGUCUAAGGAACAGGGACAUCAAAAGGGCCAUGUGGAGGUUCCUCAGCAAAACAUUCUAA